AUGACUCUGAUGAAGCAAGUGGGCUAUGUCAACCCAGAGCUCAGAGAGAUCCUCGACAAGAGCGGCCCCGUGGCCUCUCUGGGAGAGACAACCGACAUCCAAGCCCUGCGGGCGACUCUUCGACAACGCAAGCUGGCGAUGACGGCGUCGGCCGGUCCAUCCACGUCGACCAUUCGCGAGACAGACCACAGUAUUACCACACGGGACGGUGGACAGAUUGUGGUGCGCGUCUACAAGGACAGUACCACCUCGACGUCUGGUCCUGUCUUGGUCGUUCUCCAUGGCGGCGGCUGGGUCCUCGGCGACCUGGACAACGAGGCCUUGCUCUGUCGCUCGUGGUGUGCGUUGGUACCGGGCGCCGUGAGUGUCAACGUCGACUACCGGCUGGCGCCCGAGCACAAGUUCCCGGUCCCGGUGCACGACUGCCACGAUGCCGUGUGCUGGGUGGCGGCGCACCCGGACGUGCACGGCGGUGAUUUAUCUGCAGGAUUCAUUGUCGGUGGCGUGUCGGCCGGCGCCAACAUGGCCUGUUCGGUGGCUCACCUGGCACGCGACGAGGGCCUGACACCGCCGCUGACGGGCGUGUACCUCAACAUUCCGAGCCUGCUGGCGCCCCAGGCCGUUCCCGACAAAUGGAAGGCGGUCUACACGAGCCGCGACGAAAACAAGGACGCGCCCAUUCUCAACGCGGGUGCGAUUGCCCUCUUCCGCCAACUCUACGAGGACGACCCACUGUCGCCGCUCAUGUCGCCGGCCGUCUGGCCGUCGGGCCACAAGGGACAACCGCCGACGUAUCUGCAGGUAGCCGGGAUGGACCCGCUACGCGAUGAGGGCUUGAUUUACGAGCGCAUGCUGCGCGAGGAAGCGGGCGUCACUACGCGGCUGGACGUCUACCCGGGCCUCCCGCAUGGCUUUUCGUCCUGGUGGCCCAAGGCAGAGUUCAGCCAGAAGCAGCGCCAGGACACAGCUAAGGGGUUGCAGUGGCUGCUGGAGGCAGGGCGCAAGAAGUGA